AUGGUUCUCAUCUGGACACAGUUCGGAGUCAAGCACAACAAUGUCAACGUCAGGUGUAAAGUUCGGGUGAUGCACAGAGGAGACAGCUCUGGGUCCACUUCAUCUGCGGAAGGCAACAAGUCAGACCCGGAUGCCCCCUGUCUUUCCAUCAAGCCCAGCGCCGGCAAGGAUUUUUACAAAGUCCUGGGCGUGGCACCCGAUUCCAACGAUGACGAGAUCAAGAAGGCCUACCGCAAGAUGGCGCUCAAGUUCCACCCGGACAAGAACAGCGACGCUGAUGCUGAGGACCGAUUUAAGGAAAUCGCCGAAGCCUAUGAGGUGUUGACCGAUCCUGAGAAGAGGAUCAUCUACGACCAGUUCGGAGAGGAAGGUCUAAAGAGCGGCGUCUCUGUCGCGGAGCAGGGCAACGCUUUCCGCAACCAGUUCCCCACCGAUCCACACGCCACCUUCUCCUCCUUUUUCCACGGCUCUGACCACUUUGACAUCUUCUUCGGUCACGAUGGCGAAGACGAUGACCUCUUCAACCCAUUCCGCCGAUUCCCAUUCAGCCACGUGGGUGGUUACGCUGGCCAUGAAGGUGGCGGCCUGAGGCGGGGCGGGCGACGGCCGCGGGGCAAGGCCCUGGUGCGCGAUCUGCUGGUGAGCCUAGAAGACGUGAUGCAUGGCUGCACCAAGCACGUCAAGAUCACCCGAAGCCGUCUUGGUCCGGACGGCCGCAGCCUGUGGACCGAGGACAAGGUGCUGAAUGUGGUGGUGAAGAAAGGCUGGAAGGCGGGCACCAAGAUCACCUUCCCCAGAGAGGGCGAUGAGACGCCCAACAACACGCCCGCUGACGUCACCUUCAUCCUCAGGGAUGCCGAGCACCCACAGUACAAGAGAGACGGCUCCAACAUUGUCUACACGGCCAACAUCACCCUCAAAGAGGCACUUUGUGGCUGCACAGUCAACGUCCCCACCCUGGACAACCGCCUCAUGCCCUUGCCGUGCAGUGACGUCAUCAGACCGGGUGAGCUGCGGCGACUGCGUGGCGAGGGCCUGCCCGUAGCACGCAGUCCAUCACGUCGGGGCGACCUGGUGGUGGAGUUCCAGGUGCUCUUCCCUGACAGGAUUCCACCACAAUCUCGGGAAAUCAUCAAGCACAGCCUAGGCCAGUGCUAG